AUGCUGCGCGUCCGUGCCCAGGUUGUCCCUGCAAACAGGGCUAAAAUCGCUGUCACCACGGGCAGACGCAGCUUUGGCGCGUCCGCCGCCCGACGCGAGCAGCACCUCGUCAUCCUCGGCUCAGGAUGGGGCGGGUACGAGCUCCUGCGCAAGGUUGACAAGAAACGAUGGAACGUGACAAUUGUCUCCCCGAACAACUACUUCAACUUCACACCCCUACUGGCGAGCUGUGCCGUCGGCACGCUCGAAUUCCGCUCAGCCGUUGAGCCUGUCCGGAGAUACACUCCUCAGGUGCACGCGUACCAGGCCUGGUGCGACUCGAUCGAUUUCAAGCACAAGACCCUCACAUGCAUGCCCGCGACACCGCCGCUGCCAUACCCCUCGCGUGGCGGCGAGACCCCAAAGCCCGACCCCGGCACCAGCGCGACGUUGCAGGUCGCGCCCGGCAAUCGCGGCACGCAGCAAUACGAGCUCAAGUACGACAAGCUCGUGAUCGCCGUCGGCGCGUACAACCGCACGUUCUUCAUUCCGGGCGUGAAGGAGCAUGCACACUUCCUCAAGGACAUCCGCGACGCGCGCGCGAUCCGGGCGCGGAUUCUCGAAUGCUUCGAGCAGGCGAACCAGCCGACGAUCACGGACGACGACCGGCGCAAGCUGCUGCACUUCUGCAUCGUCGGGGGCGGGCCGACGGGUGUCGAGUUUGCAGCGGAGCUGCACGACUUGCUGCACGCGGAGAUCAAGCAGUCCUACCCGAGCCUUGCGCGGAUGGCCAAAAUCUCGCUGUACGACGUCGCGCCGCGGAUCCUCGGCAGCUUCGACGUCGGGCUGCAAGACUGGGCGACGAAGAAGUUCACGCGCGAGGGCAUCAAUAUUCUGACGCAGCACCAUGUUGACAGGGUUGAGUCGGGCAAGAUGUACGUCAAGGAGCAAGGGGAAGUACACUUCGGUCUGCUCGUGUGGAGCACGGGUCUCGCGCCAAACCCUCUUGUGCAAAACCUCACGGAGGCUGAGAAGGACCCCAAGACCGCUAGCAUCCUCACCGACGAGCACCUGAACGUCCUCAUGAAGGACACGGGAGCGCCGAACCCGGACGUCUGGGCGAUCGGCGACGCCGCCAUCAUCAAGGGCAACCCGCUGCCCGCCACAGCCCAAGGCGAGCUUCCAUCUCCUGCGCAGUACCUGCGCAAGAAGCUGAACCGGCUCGUGCGGGACCGCGCGGCGCCGGAGCCGUUCGCGUUCCACAACGCGGGGAGCCUGGCGUACCUGGGCGACUGGCAGGCGGUGUACGACCGCUCGCACGCGGAGAGCGGGCCGAAGACGAUGGAGACAGGGCGCGUGGCGUGGCUGCUGUGGCGCUCGGCGUACUUCACGAUGACGCUGAGCCUGAAGAACAAGGCUGUGAUGCGCAGGUUCAUGAACUGGAUAUUCGGCCGCGACCUCAGUCGGUUCUGA